GUGUUCAAAAUAUAAUAAUUUCAAAAAAUGAUUUAUUAUAUUUUAUAAAUAUUUUAUUAAGUCGUUUAUAUAAAUUUGAAAAAUGCCUCGUUUAAAUAGACCCACUUGUUCUCAACGUGCAAGAAGGCAAAUGUUGAGAAAUAGGAUAAAUAGGGAAAAUGAAGGAUAUGCAGAGGUGGAGAGAGUGGCAAAUAAAGUAUCUCAGCGUAGGCGUAGGUAAGACUCGUUAGUCAGGAAUGCAGAACAGGGCGUCCAUACAGUGUCGCGAAGGCUGAGACGCUUGAAUCGUCCUGUUCGUGCGAUUGAGCAAGAAUCUAACUCUCAGUUUCGUUCUCAAAGGCGUCUAGAACAAUGCAAUUCGCGCAAUUGAGCAAGUAGCCGUUUCUCGACGUCGUUCUGAACGGCGACAAAAUAGCGAGAAUCGAGCUGUGGAGCUGGUUCAAAAUACAGCUGAGCAUAGGGAAAGGCGCUUGGAUCCUGCCGUUCGCGUAGUUGAGCAAGCAGCCGAUACUCGACGUCGUUCUGAAAGGCGACAAAAUAGCGAGAUUAGGGUUAUGGAGCAGGAACAAAACACUGCCAACCGUAGAAGAAGGCGCUUGGAUACCGUGUAUCGCGCGGGUGAGCAAGAAGCAAUUACCCUGCGUCGAGCACUGGCAUUAAUUUUGAUACUAUAAACAAAAUUAUGUUUCUGCAUUCAGUAAUUGAUAAAUACAUGUCUUUCUAUUUUUCUGUCUUGUGUUAAAAGCAAGACAAAAACGAAAAAAACAAAUGCGAAAUAAAUUUUACGUCGCCAAUGCGGCGCACAGUUAACCGUUUCGGUUAUUCCGAGUACUCGGUCGCGAGUACUCAUUCGUGCAUUGCCUCGCCGUUCGGUUAUAGUAAAUUUUUUACUCAUGCCUUUACCAAAUUUGCCAAAUCCGUUUUACUCAAUGUCUCACUCAUUCAGUCAGAACUUUGAGUGAGAGUACCACUUUGACUGUAUUCAUGCAGACGUCUGUUGGAUACCGUGUAUCGUGCGGGUGAGCAAGAAGCAAUUACCCUGCGUCGAGCACUGGAUACACAGGAACGCUUAUUAAAAAGAGAGCGUGAUAGGGCUAACAGAGCUAGGGCUAGGGCCGGUAGGGAUCGCAGGGCAGUCGAGCAGGCGAGAAAUACGCUUGCUCGACGAAGUGCACGAUUAACUGCUCGACAAGCAACGAUCGAUGCAAUUAGAAAUAUAAGUCAAAGAGUUAGUCAAAGCCUUAGUGCUAAUAGGGUAGCAGAAAAUCUUCGGAAUGCACUUCGAAGUCAGGAGAUUAGAGUUGGUAUAGCUCAGGAUAAUAGGACUAUUAGAAUCAAACCUAUUGAAAUAGAAGCUCACAUAGCUACAUUCAAUAGGAAUCUUAAGCUUGGCCCAGAUCAGAUUUGCUUUUGUUGCAAAGGAUUGUGGUUCCCCAAGCAAAUAAGUAAGCUUUCUAGGUCUUAUUUGGAAGAACAUUGCGAGUUCAGGGAAGAGAUAUACCAAAAUGCAAGACAUCUUGCUUUCACUGGUAAUCUUUUCAAGUUUUGCAAAACUUGUCACAGCAACAUUAAAACCGACCGAAAGCCCAAAGGGGACAUUUCAAAUGGCUUAGAUUUCCCAGAAAUUCAUAACUCUUUGAGGGGCCUAACUCCCUUGGAAGAACGACUGAUUUCACCUCGCCUUUCAUUUAUGAUUAUAAAGUCAAUAGGUCAUGAGCGUCAAAGUGCUAUUAAAGGAGCAUUUGUCAAUGUCCCUAUUCCAGUAAGCAACAUCGUGACGUCUCUUCCACGAGCUUUCAAUGAGGCUGAGGUAAUUCAAAUCCACCUCAAACGAAGAAUGGAAUAUGGACGUGAUUUCAUGGCAGAAACCAUACGGCCUGCCAAAAUUGCUGACGCUAUUAGGUAUUUAGUUAAUACAAGCACAAUGUGUCAGUUAACUCGGAGGCGCGUAAUUCUGAUCAGAAUACAGAAAGCGAAGAACUAAAUCCUGGAGGACAAGAAACUUUGCUUGAGAAUAACCAGACACAUACUGUAGGAAUGGCGAGAAUUACAAUAGCUCCAGGUGAGUGGAACCAAGUUCAAAUUGCUUCACAGGCGACCGUAUAUGUGUACAUCAAUCUCUGAUAAGGCACCGGGAUCGCUUGUGCGGGACAAUUUACAACAAUUAUACCAACAAGUUGCUGCGUGUGAUGACCGUAUAUGUGUACAUCAAUCGCUGAUAAGGCACCGGGAUCAUCCAUACACCCCAACUCAUAAAAUGAUACCAAUUAAAAAAAAAGAAAAAUUUGACAUAUCAAACUGCUGUGCGUGGUGACCGUUUGUUUGUGGUUGGUAUGCUUUUUUGGUUAUUUCACCAAAAUAGUAAUUUCAUUACUAUGGUAAUAUUGCAUCAGCCUAUCUUUGCAUUGCGAAUGGUUGUUGUAAUUCUGUAGUUCUGAGAACAACUGUUUUGCGCGGCGAUAGGCUGGCGCCGCUGUCGCUGACUGCGAGUUGUUAUAAAAAAAAGAAGUGGUAAAGAGCUAGAUCAGUCGAAUAUUAGACUUCAUUGUGACCAGAACUCGCUGCGCAAGAAGUGAAUAUAUACAUCAGUCGGCGCCAAGGCAACGGGAUCCUCCGCUCAGUGAUUUAAAAUAAAUAAAUAUGAGUUGUGUGAUUAACGACCGAAUAUGUGUACAACAAUCGUUGUUAAGGCACCGGGAUCGUUUUUAUUUAUCAAUUUACAUGAACGCAAAUUUAUUUUACAAAUAAAAAAAAAAAAAAGUAAUAAUAAUAAAACCUGGACAAUUAUUAUUCAUAAUAAUAAAAAAAAAUAAAAUAAUAAAUAAAAAUAAAUAUAUACACAGUGAUACAGUUUCAUUCGGCAAAUCCAGUAAGCAUGUAGUAUGUGUUUGUGUUGCGCCGCUUGUAAAAUCCUUGCGACGUCGGCGCAUCCUGUGAAAAGAACAACUUCGAAAAAAAAAAAAACAAAAACAAGAAAAAUAACAGAAAACAACAAAACAAUCCACAAACAGCUUAACGUCUUUUGUUGUCACAUGUUCUUUAACCUCUAAAUUAUACUCUAUUGAAUACUUAUUUAAUUUAUGCAUUACAGUUAAAGUCGAAAACAUAAAAAAAAUGAAAACUAUAAAGGUGGAAGUAAGCACAGCAGCACUACACGAAUGACAUACAAUCAACACUAAGCACCGGGAAACAAGGAAAAGAGGAAACUGCGUAACAGACACACACAUACAGGUUCUCUUUUAUUUUUGAAGGAAUAAACAUAGAUACAUAUACAUAGUACCACAAAAUAUAAUACAAUAUAUUACUACAUUAACAUACAAACGAAACCAAUACAAACCAAAGAAACACCCAAAAUUUUCCCUAUACAAAAAAAUAAAAAGAGAACAAAAAACACAUACAUAUUAUUAAUAUACCUAUUUAUACUAUUACUACAUAAUUCCUACAUUUCUUACAUUAUUACUAUUUUAUAUACACAUGUACAUUACUUGCAAACAAAAAUACAAUACACGUAAAUGUUAAGGAAAAAAGUCAACACCGGUAACACAGUUAGGGGCAGAUUAGGGUUAAGGAGCGGAUCAGGUCUAUCUGAGAUAAGGGAAGCGACAGGAACAAAAGAGAAAGACCAGUCGGUUCCAUCCCAAAACAAUAAUCCCACCAACGCUAUGGAUUCCGGUAACGCAUCAGGGCCACUAAGUCCCACCGUUAGCAAUUCUUCAAUAAACACAAACCUUAAUUUACAACAACUACUAACCCUUGUACAUCAACUACCAACUUACGAAGGACCACCUGACAAUCUCCUUUUGUUAGCCUCAUCAGUGGACCAAGCAACAUGCGGACAGUACUUACUUGGAACUAUCCGUGACAAAAUUAAAGGCAGGGCACACGAAGCGCUGAAUGUCUGCGAUGUACUCCUUAGUUGGGAUGACAUCAAAGCAAACCUCAAGCGACUAUACUCUAGCAAGAAAGCAGAAGAAAUGCUUGUUAGAGAGCUACACAAUUUUCCGGACGGACUCACUAUGGGGAAAUUAUAUUACUCAACCGCAAAAAUAAGAAGCGAACUAAUGUCUCUCGCCAGAGAAGCAGACCCUAGUGGACAGUCUCUCGCGGCCAAACGUGACCAAUACGACAGAUUCUGCCUAAAUGCAUUUUUAGUUGGAUUAAAGGACUCACUUAGGUUAGCCAUUAGGUAUCAAAGGCCAGAGACAAUCGAGAAAGCAUACGAGUACGGACAGAUCGAAUUAAACUUCUCUAGAAGCCUGAACAAACACCAAGAAAACCGACCACGCGACAGCCCAACAUACAGAAAUCAACCAUACGCGAAAGGACAACCAACUAAUAGUGACUACAACAGUCGCUACAUACCACGACAACAGAACUAUAAUAACGGCAACAACGCUCGUCAUGAUAACACCCGACAUGAUAACACCAACAAUGAUAAUAAUAGCCGCUUUAUGCAGAGACAACAAAAUUUUAACAACAAUAAUAAUAGACGCUUCACACGUCAAAAUAAUUCCCAUAACGAUAGUAAUGGUCUACAAGAUAGAAAAACUCUGGGCAGGAACCCCUUCCACAAUAACGACCAACCACAAAAGACCAACCUCAAAAGGGCAAACCCUGUAGACAAAUUACAUAACCUGCCACAAAAUACCAAAAUGCUACUUUCGCUCCCAGUAAACUUCAUGCAGGGAGACUUUAUAUGCGAAACCACAAAUUUGGAUAAUUAAAUAUCCAUAACAGGCGGUUUAUACAAGGCAAACGCAGGAUCCGCCUAUUUCGAAGUCUGCAAUAAGAUCCAGAUCCAAACACUUUACCUCGAGGAACCGUUACAGGCAGAAGAGUUCUCUUCACGAACCCACCAAUAUUUAAACUGCAUGUCCACGGCAACAGAUACAGAACGACCGGACGACCAACGAUUAAACAUUCAGACGGAACACCUCAACAGCGAGGAGAAACAACACAUACUCAAACUAUGCAAGUCAUUCAAAAGACUUUUCCACAACGAAAAUAACUAACUAACGUUCUCUAACGCCGUCAAACACUCUAUACCAACAACAGAUAAUAUACCGAUUCACACAAAAUCUUAUCGUUACCCAUUUGUACAUAAUGACGAAGUUCGAAAGCAAAUUUCAAAAAUGCCAUAUGGCAGUCGUACAUAUAGACAUAUAUUUUAUUAACAAUACUUGUAACCUCACAAUUUUCGAUAAAUUCACCAAGCUAGCGCAAGCUUACCCCCUUAGCAAUAGGAAUUCAAUAAAAGUCGCCGAUGCCCAUUCAUAAGUCACUAUGGCGCACCACAGAAAAUAAUCUUCGACCAGGGCGCGGAAUUUGCGGGCAGUCUAUUCAACGACCUCUUAACUCAAUUCCAAAUAACAGCUCAAACAACUUAAUUCCAACAAUCUACGGAAAUGCUUCUGUCGAGAGACUGCACUCCACCUUAACCGAACUAUACAGGAUAAUCAUGAACAAAAGAAAAGAAGCACGCCUAGAACGCGAUCAUGUCCAAAUACUCUCAGAAGCAAUAGCAACUUAUAACAAUGCAAUACACUCCAGCACUUCCUAUACCCCUUUCGAGCUCUUCCACGGAAGAACUCACAUAAUCAACAAAACAAUAACAUUUGACAAUCACCACAAUUACCUUAAGAAAUUAAACGAAUUUAGAAAAGACAUAUACCCAAAAGUACAGGAACAUUUAAACGCGACCACAGAAAGAAGACUGGCUAAAUUAAACGAGGACAGAGAGACACCAAUCCAAGUCGAGCCUAAUGAUAAAAUAUUUAGAAAAGAAAACCGUAGAAACAAGAUUUUCACAACACAAAGUAGAUAGAUGCCUUUGUAUCACUCUCCUAACAACUAAAGGUCAAAAGUUACACAAACAAAAAAUUAGGAAAACAGUUAAGAAAACAGUGGAAGAAACAUAAGAUAGACAAGCACUAUUCAAUAAUUUGAAAAGGCACAAACAUUUUUCUUUAACAAACUUAGGGAAGUCAGAUAUAACACAUAUUCAUUAUAAAAUAGGAUAAACUACAAUAUAUGGUAGACACUGUCUGAUAAUGUAAACAAAGUAAACUGUUAGGAGGAGUUAACAUGCCCCUCUCCCCGGCCACAGGGAAACAACAUCGACCCGGCAACAAAUCCAGAGCCGAGGAGUUUUAACGAAGAUCGCCAACACGAACUCAGCCGAAGAGGCAUUUUGCCUAAGCAUACAACUUUUGGUAAUAAAGAGACUCUCUCGUUUCAUACCCCGAACUACACAGUUGUUCAAAUUCAAUUCA